AGUUUUGAACCAAAUUUGGUCGAUAAUUCGAGAUGCCCAACAAUCGUACAAAGAAGUCAAUCCCGAAGCUGGUCGGAGAGGAUGAAGACAAGGUUAAUGACAAAUCCCUUAGUACAAAGCAAGUUUUUUCUGAUGUCUUUACGCCUCAUGGUUCUAAUGUAUUUAAAGAGAGCUAUAGUGAUAGUGAUAGUGACGUAAUGUUAGAUAAGGUAGCGGAUCUUAGUUUAGAUAAAGGGGAAAGACUUCGGCAUGCAGUCUCGGGCACAACACCUAAGGUUCCUAUAGUUGGGUUAGAGCUACCGAAAGUUGAAUUGUGUUAUUUUGAUGGAAAACCGAAAGAAUAUUGGAAGUUUAUAAAACAAUACGAUACUUACGUUGCUGCUAGAGUAUCUGACGAUAGUCAACGUUUACUAUAUUUGCUCCAUUAUUGCAAGGGUAAGGCGAAGGCAGCCAUUGAAGGAUGUGUAAUGAUGGAGGCUACGUUAGGGUAUAAUAGAGCUAGAGAUAUUUUGAAACGAUUGUUCGGUCAAGCUCAUGUCAUAGCAAGAGAGACGUUAGAGGAUUUAUUCAAUGAUGUAAAGCAUGGUUGUCAUGACGCAGAGCAACUCUCAAGUUUAGCAAUAAGGAUGGAAAAUUGUAGCAUGAUUUUAGAGCAAAUGAACUACACUGCCGACUUGAAUUCGCUGGUUACAUUAGAGAGAGUAGUAAGAUUUCUGCCUCAACCUAUGCAAAGACAAUGGGCUGAACUUGUAGAUAGAUUGACGGAAGAUGACAGAGAGCCAACGUUCGCUGAACUCACUCAGUUUGUGGCAGCUAAAGCGAGAAUCGCUGCGAGUAGGUUUGGACGAUUGGCUGAACGUCCAAGAGGGGGAGUUACUACUAAAUCAUGUUAUCAUUCCGUAUUGAGACCGAAGAAUGCAUCGAUCGCAAGUGCUAAGUGCAGUAUGUGCUCAGGGGAUCAUUCGGUUUACGAGUGUAGACAGUUCUUAGCUCUCACGACAGAAGAACGUUUGUCGCACGUCAAAAGUAAGAGUAUUUGUUUCGUAUGUCUUAGACAAGGGCAUAAAGCUAAUGAAUGCAAAGUGACGAGAUGUUGCGCCAUUGAGGGAUGCUCUAAGAGACAUCACUCUCUGUUGCAUAAGGGUUCAGCAAAGAAUAAAUCAGAAGAUAAACUGGCUACGGUAAACUAUUGUGGACAAGAUAGGCCAGUGAACAGUCACGUGUGUCUGGGAACGAUCCCUGUAAGGUUGAGAGCGGGAAACGCUGAGGUUGUGGGGUAUGCACUUUUGGAUAAUGGCUCUGACGUAACCUUAAUUACUUCAGGAUGUUUGAAGUUACUGGGGCUGAAUGAGGAAGAGUCAUCAGUGACUGUGCAAACUGUGAGCGGUAAUAAGGCAACACGCGUCACAAAGACACCUUUUGAAGUGUACUCCUUAGAUCAAUCUGAGCACGUCAAGAUUGAGGGAGCCCUGAUAGUGUCCCAAAUACCUGGGCAUAAACCGACGAAAUCAGUUAUGAGUGGCCUAGUGAAGUGGCAGCAUUUGAGUGAUGUGCCGUUACAAUUUAUAGAUUCUGGCGAAGUUGUAUUGCUGAUUGGUUGUGAUGUUCCGGAAGCCCACUGGGUACUCGAUCAACGGUUAGGUGGCAGAAAAAAUCCGUAUGCAGUAAAAACGUUGCUCGGUUGGACCGUAUUCGGACCUGCAUCAUUUUCGGGAUCGAAGAAAAGAGUUAGUAAUUGUAUGAGUAAGCUGCAGACAAUAGAAGAUCAAUUCCGUAAGCUUUAUGACGUAGAAUUCGCUGAUGUAUAUUCAAGCGAUAAAUCGCCGUCAGUAGACGAUCGAGCAGCAAUAGAAAUAGUGGAAAGGGGUACCUUCUUCGAUGGUGGUCACUUCGUAGUUCCAAUACCAUGGAAAAUGCAUCCAAACAAAAUAACGGGAAACUAUGAAGUAGCGGCCAGUAGAUUACUUAGUUUGAAGGGUAGGUUGUUGAAGGAUAGCAACCUACACACUAAAUAUGCUAAAAGUAUCGAAAGUAAUCUUACUAAAGGAUAUGCGCGAAGGGUCCCUGAAAUACAGUUGAGGUCAGAUUAUCUCCCUCGCUGGUAUCUACCUCAUCACGCGGUAAUAAAUCCCAAAAAGCUAGAAAAACUGAGGGUGGUGCUGGACUGUGCUGCUAAAUUUGCUGGGGUUUCACUGAAUGAUAUGAUUUAUCAAGGACCCGACACUACAGCAGAGCUUGUUUGUAUAUUAUUGCGAUUUCGCAAGGAGGCAAUUGCCAUUUGUGCCGACGUUGAAGAAAUGUUCAUGCAAGUAAAGGUCCCUGAAUCCGAUCAGGGAGCUUUAAGAUUUCUAUGGUGGCAGGAGGCAGACAUGUCGAAAGAACCAUUGGAAUUUCAAAUGACUGCCCAUCCAUUCGGAUCAACGUCUUCGCCAUUCUGUGCAAACUUUGCCUUGAUCAAGACCGCUCAGACAUUCUCUGAUGGAUAUGAUAGCUACGUCGUGGAGGCGGUUAGGAACAAUUUCUAUGUGGAUGAUUGCUUAGUAUCUUUUCCCACUUGUGAUCGAGCAAAGAGCUUUGUUAAGCAAGUAAGUGAAUUACUGGGUAAAGGCGGUUUUACAUUAAAGAAAUGGAUAACAAAUUCGGAAGAAGUUAGGUCUGUUUUGCCUGGGAUAUGCAAGGAAGGGCUUGUGAAAGAAAUGUCUAAAGAUUGUGAUGUCAUUCAUCGUACCUUGGGGGUACAAUGGGAUUGUGAAAGAGAUGUUUUCCAGUUUCACUUUGACGCCCCAGAAAGACCGUUUACUAGGAGAGGUAUUCUAUCUGUGGCAUCUUCUGUAUUCGACCCUUUGGGUUUAAUUUCUCCAGUCUAUCUGACGGUCAAACUUCUGCUGCAAGGGUUAUGUAAGUCCCAAAUAGGCUGGGAUCAGCCGAUCAAUGAGCCUUAUAUGUCGAUUUGGCUAAACUGGGUGAACUUAAUGCGACAGAUAGGUCACGUUAAAAUUCCUCGAGGCAUCAAGAAUAAAUUAGAUGAACCUAAUGCGCGCGUGGAAUUGCAUUUGUUUAGUGAUGCCUCCGAGAUUGGUUAUGGAGCAGUAGCUUAUGCACGAGUCAGUUAUUUGAACGAACCGCCGUAUUGUAUUUUGUUGUACAGCAAGUCUAGGGUUGCACCUAUAAAACCAGUCACUAUACCGAGGCUUGAGAUGGCAGCAGCGGUAUUAAGCGUAAGGCUAAGUGAAGUGCUACAAAGAAGCUUACCCAAUUUCUUCUGCGAAGUGAGUUUCCAUACUGAUUCUAUGAUAGUGUUGUAUUACAUUAGAAAUACAGGAAACCAAUAUAGUACCUAUAUAGCUAAUCGUCUUGCUAUCUUACAUCAGCACACUAAGGUUGAGCAAUGGACUUACGUCAAAUCGUCGGAGAACCCAGCGGACUGGACUUCGAGAGGUAUAAAAAAAUUGGCCGACCUUGAGUCGUGGAUUAAGUGCCCUACUUUACUGCAAGCCGAGUUCGGUAAAACUGUUACCGUUUGUCCUCAAACUGUUCCGGACAGUAUUGAGUUUAGAAAAACUGUCGUAGUUAAUUUGAGUAAAGUGAAUUAUGACAAGUUCCCUAUUAUUUCUUAUUACUCAGACUGGUUAAGAUUAGUCAGGGCAGUAGCCUGGUUACGAAGAUUUAUAGAAUAUUGGAUGAUACUUCGAUCAUCAAGUCGCGAAGGAUCCAUUCAUUUGGGAUGCCUGAAGGUCGAAGAGCUUGAAAGUGCUAAGCGUAAGAUAUUAAUGAUAGUCCAGAAAGAGGUAUAUGGGAGAUUACUCAGUGAAUUUAAGAACAACAGUAAUGUGAAUAGCCAUAAUGAUCUGAAGCGUUUAUCGCCUAUGAUGCUCGACGGUUUAAUAUGUGUUGGAGGUCGUCUAAACUACUCCGAUUACCCUAAUGAAUUCAAGCAUCCAGUAAUAUUACCUAGUCGUCACUCAGUGACAGAAAUGAUAGUCAGACAUUAUCAUAAAGAAGAGGGACACUCAGGGACUUCUCAAGUACUUGCCGCAAUCCGAAAAUACUAUUGGAUAGUAAAGGGGACCAGCACGGUCAGGAGAGUGAUAGGUAAGUGUGUAAUCUGUCGACGGUACAUUUCGAACUCAGGACAACAAUUGAUGGCGCCGCUCCCGGCAUGUAGAGUGAAACCAGGCUGGCAUAGUUUCGCAACGGUAGGGGUGGAUUACUUCGGACCUAUUUUAGUCAAAAAGGGAAGGUCACUAGAAAAGAGGUAUGGAUGUAUAUUUACUUGUUUGCAAACACGUGCAGUGCAUAUUGAAAUGGCUUACAGUUUGAAUACCAAUUCACUUGUGAUGGCCCUGUUACGUUUUAUCGGAAGAAGAGGGAAGCCCUCUGAGAUUUAUAGUGAUAACGGGUCGAACUUCGUGGGUGCAAUACCUGAACUAAGGAAAUACGUUCGGCAGUGGGACCAACAAAGGAUAAGUAAUGAAUUGUCAGCGAAGCAGAUUCAGUGGCAUUUUAACCCUCCGUCAUCCAGCCACAGAGGAGGGGUGUGGGAAAGAAUGAUAAGAUCCGUACGUAGACUAUUAUUAUUGAUCACCAGAGAACAAACGUUGAAUGAUGAAACUUUAGGCACCUAUUUGGUUGAAGUUGAAAGGAUAUUGAACGAUCGACCAUUAACCCCGAUGGUACAGGAUGUUAACGACAAGCCAGCAUUAUCACCUAACAGCUUGCUUUUGUUGAGGGAAUGUGACAGUAUAGUUGACGAAAGUAGUAUCAGAGUUAAUUAUGAUAAACGCUGGAAUUAUCUAGCUAACGUGUUUUGGAAGAGGUGGCUGCGGGAGUACUUACCAUCCUUACAAACUCGUCAAAAAUGGUUGGUUGAGCGUCGUAAUUUCGAACCAGGUGAUGUAGUAAUCGUGGUUUCAGAUAUUUCCACCCGCGGUAAAUGGCCUCUAGGGGUAAUUGAGAGUUGUGAAACAGACGAAGACGGAAAAGUUAGGACGGUGACAGUACGUACUAAUAACGGGUCUAUUAGGAGGGAUAUACGUAAAGUAUGUCUCCUAGAAGGGUCCAAUUAGUUGAUCGUCAAACAAUGUAGACAGAACGAGUAGGUGUACUGUUGUAAGUCCUACCCGUUCUUUUAGUAAGGAAUGCGAUUAGGUGAACCAUGGAAAAAAAACAUCAGAAUAGCUUGUGCACUAUGGAGGGAUUUUGGGGGCCGGUGUUGGAUCCAUUUUGCGAGUGAAAAUCCCUCCAUGCAUACACUUGUGAUUUCUUCCUUACGUUUUCUUUAUUUGUUUUUGCUGUUAACAUUCUUGAUGCUAAUUGAGACUGUAACGUUCAAUUUUUCUUGACUUAACUAUCGUUUUUUAUUGAGUCUCUACGUUCCUCACUGAAUUGUAUACAGUUUGUUUUAAUUGCUACUAUUCUGGCAUCGGCCAUAUUGGCUGCUCGCUUUUGAUUGUGCGGUUUGAACUUGACUGGGAUCGUGCAUUUUUGGUUGUAUUUGGAGCACCUUCCCAGAAAUUGAAACACUUGGUGUUAUAAAAUAGCCGCUCAAACGAAAUCUCACUUGAUCUAUCCAGAAAGGAUAGAAUAACGUUUACCUUUCGGUGCUUUUGGUAGUUUUCAUAUAUUUCUUAUCACCUUGCUAUUUAUUGUAAUUUAGAUUGGAUAUUUUUGUAUCAAUUGUUGGUUGAAUAACCGGGUGAUAAUAUUCGUUUAGCACGAAUGUCAUAAAAAUGGGACACUAAGUUUAUACUUCAAAAAUGCAACUGUGAAUUGUGCCAAAAAAGGUCAGCUAGUACGUUUUAAUGUAACUGAUGGGAGUACAAGACUUAGUGAGGAAAUCAUAUGCCCUAAUAUUAAAAUGUUUUGCAAGGUAAAGGCUUGAUCCUUCAACAUUGAGGUUUGACAACACUCUACAACCCUCAUAGUAAAUAAUUGUAAAUUUUUAUUAUUAUUAAUUAUUGAACAAUAAUAAUGCGAUAUCAAAUGUA